CGUCUGUAUCGUCUGCUGUUGUGCAGUCUCUGCCGACAACAGAGGCAAACGGCUCUCCAGCCCUGUGUUUGGGCCUCGCAAGCCCAGCAGCUUCGGCAAGCUUCGAAUGCACAAUCCUGAUUCGUGUGGCCCAUCUGUUUGCAAGCCCGACGACCAGAUGACACACUCUGACCUGGGCUGGCGGGUCCAGUGCGGGCGAUGAUGACCCAUUCUGGCCAUAAAACGACGGACCGAUCGCCCAUCCGCAUUUGCCAUCUGUCCCUGCUAAAGCUCAACUGCCCUCGAUCGAUCUCAUCUCCCUGCCCUCGGAACCACAACCUGCUGCUCCGACGCGAUCAAUAUGCUUGCGCUGAAACUCGUCCGCUCGGUCGCUGCGACUCCCUUUGCCCUGUUGCGACCCCGGUUCUCUGCCCAUCCCCACAUCGCCAUCGCUUCAGCGUUGCUCUCCGGGCUCCGCCAGUACACCAUUGCACUCAACCCGCAGCGUCUCAGCGACAUCAACGGACUAUUGCCUCCAAACUUUCACCAAAACUAUCGAGUGACCGGAUGGCUCGGGGCUGGUGCCUGGAGCGAGGUCUACGAAGUUAUGGACAACGAGUCCAAGAGCAAGCUUGCCCUGAAGUUGAUUCCAAAGGACAAUCUGCCAGGGGGCUCGGACUCCUUUGAGGCUUCGUACGGCCCUUACCUGCACCAUCCGCAUCUAAUUAGCUACGGCCGGUGCUUCGAGACAUCCAGCCAUCUCGCUGUUACCAUGCCCGUCUUUGGCGAGCCACUGGCAAGCGAAAUCCAAAGCAAAGGCUACCCAGACCGCCCAACGGCACUGGGUUACCUCGUCCAGGUUGCAGAUGCGCUCUGUUACCUCCACCAGAAAGGCGUCUCCCACGGCGACGUUUCCAUCUCAAACAUCAAUGUCGACGGAGCAAACGCCGUGCUCCUCGAUCUCAUGGAGAGCUCGCCGUUCAGAUCGUCGAGCGGCGGUGUGCUGGACGGAUGUGCCGAUGAACUCAGCCACGAUAUCCUGUGUCUUGGACGGAUCGCUGCUGAGCUGCUGGUUGUGCGCUCGGAACUCCACGGCGAUCGAAGCGAAAUCCGAGCCGCCGUUCAGGGCUGUCGAGACGCAGUCAAAGAGCACGCAGAGUUGGUGCUGUAUCUCUGCUCCGAGCCUGCACCGAGUGCUUCCCAGGCCCUUGCUCGUCUCAAGGCCCUCGCCGCAUAGGCCAUUAUCCGCUGCUGCUUGGACAUGCACGAACUACAUGUUCUCGAUAUCCAUUCCACCGUUUCCGCAAAUACAUUUCUCUGCUGAUUCUACAACUGCAGCAUUACGAGCCGCUUUCCUGCCUU